AUGACGAGACGACUUCGUCUUUCCCGCGAAGAAUAUACAGUGGGAUGGGUAUGCGCCCUUCCGCUCGAACUCGCAGCCGCAAAAGGGAUUCUUGAUGAAGAACAUGACAGUCACAUGGAUGACUCUAUGAUAUACACCCUCGGUCGCGUUGGAGAACAUAAUGUUGUGAUCGUCUGUUUGCCAGGAGGUGAUACAGGGACCAACGCAGCCUCAGUAGUUGCCGCGCAGAUUAUUCAUUCUUUCCCAUCGAUGCGCUUCGGUCUGAUGAUCGGUAUUGGUGGAGGUGUUCCUAUAGCAUGUAAAGAUAUUCGCCUUGGAAAUGUUGUGGUUAGCUUGCCAGAGAACGACCACAGUGGGGUGGUGCAAUAUGAUAUCGGGAAGGCUACACCUAAUGGUUUCAAAAGGACAGCCUACCUCAAUGCACCUCCGAAAUUCUGCGAAGCGCUGUGA